ACUCCUCUUCUCUCUCCGUCUCUCUCUCUCUCUCUCCCUCUCUCUCUCUAGCUCUCGCUGUUGCUGGAGAGGUUCGGAAAUGGCGAAAUCCGAGGAGGAGCAGAAAGCGUGCUGGAGAAAGGAGGUGGACGAGAAGCUGAACCGCCUCCACUCCCUCCUCUUCGGCGCCGACCUCGCGCUGGACCGCCGCGACUUCUCCGCCGCUCAGAUUUUCUCGCUCCGCCUCCUCGGCUUCCUCGACUCCCAGACUCGGGCCGACGCCGACGCCGCCUUCAUCCGCCCCAUCCGCCGCGAGGCCUCCGCGAAGCUCGACGCUGCUCGCCGGGCCCUCACUCCCGACUCCGAUCGUCGAGCAUUCCAAUUGGCAGACAGAGCUCCUGGUAGUGUUUUUGGCAUGAAGGGUGGCAUUGACAUGGAUAAAUUAAAGCAGUCGGCAUACUUUCAAACUCUUCUUCAGCAUUCCAAGGGGGAUUCCAAACAAAUGGAUGACCAAUCAGAUAGGAAGGACAAGUUCGAUAAGACAGCCAAAAAUCUGAAACAAGCAAAGUUGUCGUCUUUGUAUGGAAACAACCUUAAUAGACAAAACAACGCCCCCUGCAAGAAUUAUCUGAGUUCCAGGAGUAAUAACUCUGAGGACUGUGUUAUUUUAGAUAAGCCCCAUCCUAUUUGCAGCCAUCCCAAGAGUACUAUUCUCUCACCAUUUCCAAAGGUUGAAGAAGAGAGAUUUCACGAUAAUGCUUUAGGGGCAAAGCGUGUUCACAUGGAAAUAAGUAGCCCUGGCAAUGAUAUUGGGAAGUUGCCAUCAAAUGAUGAAGAAUCUAAUGGUGAUGUGGCAGCCAAUGGAUUUGUGACUGCAAGAGCCAAAUUGGAAAUGGAGGCAAGGCAAAGGCAUGGUUUGGCAGGAUCACCUAGAGCUUCUCUGUCUCCUCAAAGUGAUUCCACUGGUAGGGGCUAUGGAGGGAGAUCAUAUGGUUCCUUAAGGCGCGGUGUUCGGGGUAACUUUAUUCCCCCCAUCAGAUCCAAUGGAAACAGCAUGGGAAAUGUGACUUCACGAGUUGCGGGAGGAAAGUCUGAUGAUGGAAUAGAUGACUCCACGAAGAGAUGUUUGGAAAUGCUCUGUGGUCCUGAUGGAGAGCUUCCAGAAAAAUUGAGGAACUUAGAACCUCGUCUCAUUGAACAUAUUAGUAAUGAGAUUAUGGAUCGGGAUCCUAAUGUUCGCUGGGAUGAUAUAGCGGGACUGGAACAUGCUAAAAAGUGUGUCACAGAAAUGGUCAUAUGGCCUUUAUUGCGUCCUGACAUUUUUAAAGGCUGUCGUUCUCCGGGAAGAGGUCUUCUUCUGUUUGGUCCUCCGGGCACAGGGAAGACAAUGAUUGGCAAAGCUAUAGCUGGAGAGGCAAAAGCAACUUUCUUUUACAUAUCUGCCAGUUCAUUAACAAGCAAAUGGAUCGGUGAAGGCGAAAAACUGGUACGAGCGCUUUUUGGAGUUGCGCAUUGUCGCCAGCCUGCUGUGAUAUUUGUUGAUGAAAUAGAUUCUCUUCUUUCUCAGCGGAAGUCGGAAGGGGAACAUGAAUCAAGCAGGCGCCUCAAGACACAGUUCCUCAUCGAAAUGGAAGGCUUUGAUAGCGGCAGUGAGCAAAUUCUUCUAAUAGGCGCAACAAACAGACCUCAAGAACUUGAUGAAGCAGCACGGAGGAGACUAACGAAAAGACUCUAUAUCCCCCUACCUUCAUCGGAAGCAAGGGCUUGGAUUGCACGUAAUUUACUAGAGAAGGAUGGUCUCUUCAAGCUUUCAAGUGAGGAUAUCAAUACCAUAUGCAACUUCACCAAGGGGUAUUCAGGAUCAGACAUGAAGAAUUUGGUAAAAGACGCAUCUAUGGGUCCCCUGAGAGAGGCCCUAAGACAGGGCAUAGAAAUCACGAAGCUGAGAAAGGAGGAUAUGCGUCCAGUAACUCUUCAGGACUUUGAGAACGCAUUGCAAGAGGUUAGGCCCUCUGUUUCUAUGAACGAACUUGGCAUCUAUGAAGAAUGGAACAAGCAAUUUGGGAGCCUUUCGCUUUAGAAGUCGUUCCUCCCAAUGUUGAGAGUGCAGAACGAUAGUGAAGCUUGUGAUUAUACAAGUCGCUUCAUCCAUCCGUCACUCCAUGGAGAGCUCAAUGCAAGAUAAGGGUUAGUGAUUCCCUUCUUUCGAAGUAACAUGUAUUAUCUUUUCCACAAGGAUGCGUCCAGACAAAGAAUACUUGGCAAAAAGGGAAAAGAAAAACAUGGGUCAAGAUUGCACAGUUUGGUGAAAAGUCAUUAUAUAAUGUCCAGGCUUGCGUGGUUUAACCUAUCCAUAUAGGUAGGUAUCGCCCUGGAUAGAGAA